AUGGACAAGAUCUCGUUCGGGUCAGUGAUGGUCGCCGCGACAACAUUGUGUUUUCUUGCUGCUCGUAUGCUAGAACACAGCUUACUCCAAACAGUCGGCAUCGCCUGGGCCACCGUUAUCCCUGUUUAUGUCGUCGUCUGGCAAUGUUACAUCUUCCCCUUCCAUGUCUCUAAGAUGCGGCAUAUCCCCACAGUUGCUGGUUUCCCACUUUGGGGCCAGUUCUUUGAGAUCAUCUCCUACGAGGUCGGUGAGCCCCAGCGCAAAUGGCACAACCAAUACGGCCCCGUCAUCCGCUACUUCUUCCCCUUUGCCGCCGAGCGUCUGUCUAUCGCCGACGACGAGGCCCUCAAGCAUAUGACGCUCAAGAACCCAUACAACUACCCCAAGCCUGUCCGCGCAAAGCUCUGGAUGGUCCGGAUCCUCGGCGAGGGCGUUCUCCUGGCCGAGGGGCAGGAGCACGUCCACCAGCGCAAGGCCCUGGCCCCCGGUUUCUCUAUCCAGUCCAUCCGCGCGCUGACACCCAUCUUCUGGGAGAAGUCACUCCUGCUAGCCAGAUGCUGGCGGGAGGAGAUGCGCGCCGACGGUAUAUCGACCAAGUCAUUCGAGGCUCUUGACUGGCUCAACCGCACGACGCUCGAUAUCAUCGGCAAGGCGGGCUUUGGCUACGAUGUGAACUCCCUCGAGAACCCGGAUGCGCCCCUGCGCGAGGCCUACCGCCUUUGCUUUUCCUUUGAUAUCGUCUCUCGCAUCCUCAUCGGUCUCCAGGCUUUCAGUACCAUCUUUAACCACCUGCCGUCCAAGGUCAACCACGACUUCAUGCGGUCGCGCUCCAUCAUCCUCGGCAAGGCGACCGAGAUCAUUGCCGAGAAGCAAGAAGAGGCGGCCAACAAUGUCGGCGGCAAGGACAUCCUUUCCCUCAUAGCGUGCGACAACAAGAAGCUCAAGGAGGCCGGCGAAGCGGGCCUGUCCUUCGAGACGAUGCGCGACCAGGUCAUGACCUUCCUCGGCGCCGGCCACGACACCACCGCCACGGGCGUCGCCUGGACCCUGCACCUCCUCUCCAAGCACCCCGUCAUUCAGUCGCGUCUGCGCGAGGAGAUCAAGGACCAUCUGUCCUUCCUCCUAGACAAGAACAUGCGCUUCGACCCGGACCUCAUCGUCGCCGCGGAUGCUGACCGGCUCCCCUACCUCGACAACGUCUGCCGCGAGGCUUUGCGCUUCAUACCGCCCAUCCCUAUGACAGUGCGGCAGUCGAUCGACGACGACGUUCUGGGCGGGUACAAGGUCCCCGCGGGCACCGUAAUCUACGUCCUCGCCAACGCCAUCAACCGGCUGCCCAUGUACUGGGGCGACCGCGCGGACGAGUUCGACCCGGACCGCUGGGACGACCUGCCGACAACGGCGACCCCCAACGCUUUCAUGACAUUCCUACAGGGCCCGCGUGGGUGCAUCGGGCGUAAGUUCGCAGAGACGGAGAUGAAGAUCCUGCUAUGCUGCCUGCUGAGCACGUACGAGUUCGAGCGGGACUUUGACACGCCUGAUCCCGAGGACUGGAAGAUGUGGCGGCUUGUGCUGAGGCCCAGGGACGGUGUCACAUUGAGGGUGACAGCCAUCUGA